AGCCUUUAACUGUAUGCCACCAGGCCUUCUUGUAGCUCGAUGGAAGGUUCCACGAUGGGGAAAAAAGACGGUGAUGGAAGCUCAAAGCGAAAGCGAAAACGUGCCGUCUUCGACUCGGAGAGCGAAGAUGAUGAUAGUGCCGAAGACUUAGAAGAGGAACUGAUUUCCUUGACAAAAAGCCAACAACGUCAAAAUAAAGAGGUGUCUACUAACCCAAAACCACAGACGAGUAAGAAUUCUGCAGACUCCGACAGCGAUCUGGACUCAUCUGAGGGAAGCGAUGAUGAGUGGACUAUGGAUUCAGAAAAUAGUAAGGGGAAAAUGAAGAAUAAAUUGAAAAAGAGGAAGAAGCAGUCUUCGGAGUCAUCUGUUGAGAGUGGAGAAAUUUCUUCUGAAGAUGGUUCAUCAUCAUCAUCCUCAUCUGGCGAGGAGGAGGAACAGUAUAAUGAUGGCUGGGAUGACAAUCUGAUGGGUGAUGAGGCGGACAGAGAAAUGUUGGGUAGAAUGACGGAGAAAGAAAGAGAGCAGGAGAUCUACAAUCGUGUGGAAAAGCGUGAAGCUCUGAAAACUAGAUUCGAGAUUGAACGUAAGUUACGACAGGCUAAGAAGAAAGAAAAAAAGAAGAGAAAACAGAAGGAGCAACCACAUAUUGAUAAAGGUGGUGGCAUAGCUUUGAGGAAGCAAGAGCGGAAGAAGGUUGUUGAAGAAAAGAAGGCAAGAGCUCUUGACAACUUAAAGGCAAAGCGAUCAGAAAAGAAGGAGAAGCGUGCUGGCGAAGCAAUUGUUGAGCAGAAAGAGCCUCUAAAAGCAAGUGAAGUAUUCACAGAUGAUGAAGAUGAUGACGACCAAGAAUCAAAAUCCAGUGAUGAAGAAUCAUAUGAGGCAUCUGAUGAAGAGCAGGCUGAAUAUGCUCCAGUACCAGUAUCCAGACCAGACGAUCUGGAGAGAAUACGACUGUCCCGACACAAGAUGGAAAGGUGGGUGCACAUGCCGUUCUUUGCCAAGACUCUAGCAGGGUGCUUUGUGAGGAUUGGAAUUGGAAACCAUGAUGGGCGACCAGUCUACAGGGUUGCAGAGAUAAAAGAUGUUGUUGAGACGGCCAAGGUGUACAGUCUUGGGGCGACCAAGACAAACAAAGGGCUCAAACUCAUGCAUGGUCCUCAGGAGAGAGUGUUUAGACUGGAGUUCGUGUCAAACCAAAGAAUCUCUGAGACUGAAUUUCAGCGUUGGAAAGAAGAGUGUGAAGCGCAUGGCAUUCCAUUACCUACAUUGGAUGAUGUGGAAAAGAAAGUAAAAGAUAUUGAAGAGGCCAAGAACCAUGCUUACAACGAAGAAGAUAUUGAGAAGAUUGUGUCUGAGAAGCAGAAAUUCAGAAAAACUCCAUUCAACUAUGCUAUCAAGAAGAAUGAGCUAAUAAGAAGAAAGGAAAUUGCAGAAACAAGCGGUAAUCAUGAGGAAGCUGAGAAGAUCAGGUCCGAGCUGGACAACCUUGAGGAAAGGGCACAAGUUCUUGAUAAACAGCGUAGCCGUGGCCUGAGUGCAAUCAGUUACAUCAAUGAGAGAAACAGAAAAAGGAAUAUAAUAGAAGCUGAAAAAGCAGCAGCGGAAGAGUUAAAGACAGAGGAGAAGAAGGAUGAUCCGUUUACACGGCGUAAAACCCUUCCCAAGCUUGUCUCUAUGGUAAAGGGUGGUGCACCAGGAAUGACCCAGCCCAUUUCAACAGAGGCCCAACCCCCGGCUGCUGAUAUGCAGACUCCACUCAUGCCUAGGACAUUGGAAAGUUUGAUUCCUGGGCUAGGGUCCUUAGACACCCCUCACUUCACAGAUGACACACCCAUUCCUCCUGACCGAAAGACUAGCCAACCAGAAGAUCUCUUCUCAGCACAUAACUUUGACAUUACCAUAAACCUGGAUUUCCCUUUACAAGAAUCUCGUGCGACGACAAUAUCCAGUCGGUCGUCAAACACCCCAGUAGACACUCCACGACGCUCACUAAACCUCGAGGAUUACAAGAAGAGAAAAGGGCUCAUCUAGUUCACGCAUUUAUCACGUUGUGCUUGCUAGAGAUCGCAUGCUUUGGAAUCCCAAGAUGUAAAGCUUAAGACACGUGCCUAUAGCGGAGUUGCUGCAUGUUAAUCACGUAUUUUGGAGACCAAGGCACGGGAUCUGGAGGACCGGUCUUACUAACUAAUCACGCGCUGUGGAGAUCAAGACAUGCAAGCGUCACGUGAUUUAUUACAUCGGGACUUGUUGUGGAUCCCGUGCUAUUAAAAACAAUUUCUCGUUUAGGGUUGGAUAAACACGUACUUGAAUGGAUAUUGCUGGAGUAAUCACGUGCUGAUCACGUGAGGUAUAGCUUGUGCAUAAUCCAGUGCACGAGAAGACGUAAAAAAGCUGAGAGUUUUUACAACGAGAUCUUACAAGCUGGGAAAUGAGAAAGCGACUCUUCUCGUUACCCUUGUUGCUUUGCUUCUGUUUUGACAUAAACGUGGUUUUAUGGACCUUUUGCAUAAACUGUGUAUAGUUAACCUACAGAAAACUAGCCCUCUUGUACUGGGAAUGAAAGGUGUCCCAUGUCUGUGGGAUUGUGGCCUUAUUUGUUUUUUAUAUCCUGAUGUUAGAUAUUUUGGGUUUUUAUGAAAGUUUGAUAGCUGGGCUUACUCUUUCUAGCCGCGGUGCAAUGGAAUUUCUUUUCACAAACAAUAUUUUACCUGUAUACCUUUUUACUCUUGGAGUACUUUUCGGAAAGUUCACUUGAUAUUUUAUGUUGAGCAUACAAUGCAUUGUGGGUAGUAUUUGACGGCCUCUUACAGUAACGCGCGCUACCGUUGUCACCUUGACAAUACGUCGCGCGCUACCCUGGUCACCUUGACAGUACGACGCGGGCUACCGUGGUCACCUUGAUAGUACGACGCGGGCUACCGUGGUCACCUUGAUAGAACGACGCGUGCUACCGUGGUCACCAGCCAAAUGGCGAAACGAAUGGAAAAAGAAACACUCGAGUGCACACGAGAGCACAAGGAAUGCUAGUAAUGAGUUCGAGUCAAAACUGAUUCUCGCAUGUUCAUUAGGCAUUGGUGGCUACGAUAGGGUGCGUCUCACUGAAAAAGAUCUGUUUUUGUAGUCCAAAACACCCUUUCAAAGCUUCACGACAUUCAGCCCAUUUGCCCUUUCUAUUAAUGCUUUACAAACUACACGACAAUUUCGUAAAAUUACAUUUUUUUUCUAUUUUAACGGAACUAGAACAAAGACGUCGACUGUGUACGUACUCUAAAAUUGUUAGUACGUUAGUAGAGUUAGUACGCAGCUCUUACAAGCUGCAAUUUGAUUGGGCAAAUGAACAAUAUCCGCACCCCGACACAAAGAACGAGAAGAAUAGAGACAAAAGAACUCCUUUGUAGAACAAAGAUAUAUAAAUAGAGACAAAGCAGCUGCGUACUUACUCAAAAUUGUUCACGCUUUUGGUUCUAGCAGUGCAAGCUUGUUUUUAACGGGCUGAACAAAACAUUUACAAGACAUUUUAAUAUCACGUAAGAGCCCCCUUCGGCCACAGCUAUCUCUACACCACUGCUUACAAAAAAAUUUUUUCAAAUAAUUCAUUCUUCAAAACUUCAAUUAAGAUCCUGGAUAAAGCUAAAAGGGGCUAUUGUAUAUUUGCUGUAGCUUAUCGCAGAUUUUUAUAACGUAUGCCAUUUUGCAUUGGUUUACCUUUGUAUAUUUGUUUGGGCUCCCUUUUCUACGAUAACUUGCAAAAGCCUAGAACUCACUGAUGUAUAUAGAUUCUCGGAUGUAAUAGCUCUUCGCUUUGUACAAAGUUUAUAACUACACUAAUAUUAUUGUUUCCUAUUUAGUGAAAUGUAUCGAAACCUUGUAAAAUUAUUAUCGUUGAGUAUACACACUUAUGCGAUUCCUUGGGAAUUUUUGGGUUUUCUUUCUAUUCUUUAUUUUUAUUUACAAUAUCACUGGUAAGUGUUUGUACUCAACAAACGUCAAACAGAAUGGAAAUGAUUUGGUUUUAAUAAAAAAAUGUCUGGUUGUUUUUA